AUGGCGACUCCGCUCGACACCAGUGCGUCCAGCUCGGCCGCUAUUGCUGCGCCAUCCGCCACUUCGGCCCCUACAGCGUCCUCUUCGCCCCCCGCACCUAGUGCCGCCGUUCACACUCCUCCCACGGUAGUAGAAACCGCGCAAUCCACCGACAAUGAUCCUCAGACCGACCACGACGAUUCCGAAGGGGCCAAGGCCGUCGCUGUGCCACGUUGUAGCACCUGGUUUGCCAUGGACAAGAUCAACCCCAUCGAGAAGCGCAUGUUACCCGAGUUUUUCGCCGACAACGCCUCGAAAACGGCCGAGAUCUACCUCAAAUACCGCAACUACAUGGUGCACGCCUAUCGUCAACAACCGGGCGUGUACUUGACAGCUACAGCCUGUCGUCGCAACUUAGCGGGCGACGCGUGUUCCAUCCUGAGGGUACACGAGUUCCUGACCCACUGGGGGCUCAUAAACUUCCACGUACCGCCGCAUGCCAUGCCCCCCUCCAUCCACUCCAAUUACGCCCUUAAAACCGCCCAAACCACUGCUAAUAGUGACGAAUUGGGACCUGUAGCCAUGCUGGUAGCUGCUAAAAAGGAGAAUGCUCGUCGGAUGGACACGCCUCUGGCUUGUGAGGCUUGUGGCACUGCGAGAGGACCGGAGGAUUCGUUCUUCGAGCUCACUACUGAAGCCAAGAAGAAGUUCACAAGCAACGGAGCGUCCAAUGCUAACAAUGCGACGUCUAUGACUACUGGAGCCAAUGGGAAAGCAGGUGAAGGCAAGGAAGUGACGGUCGGAGGCUUUGCCUUGAGACCAGGCAGUGGCAUCUGCGAGGAAUGUUACAUUCGAGGAGCAUUUCCGGAGGGUUACGACUCCUCAGACUUUAUACUGAUGCCCACAGUGGCAAAGAACCUCUCAGCUGCAGCCAAAUGGACGCAAGAAGAGACCAAUCUGUUACUGGAGGCUGUAAGCAGCACCAGAGCUAACAGGGUUAAGAGCUCGGAGAAUGAGGACGAAGGAAGCUGCGACUGGAACUUUGUCGCGUCCAAAGUGGGCACCAAGACGGCGGACGAGUGUUUGUUGCAUUUCUUGGAGAUGCCGAUGCUUAACCAGAGUCAAGAACUGGGAAACUCUAUCCAGUCUUUAAGGCCUUUUACCGCUGGGGAGGCUCUGAAUGCGCCCGUGUUGGACUUGGCAGCUCUAGUGGAACAAGUGGACCCGUUGGUGGCCAAAGCUGCGGCCCAUGCGGCGAUCGGAGCCAUUAAAAGGCUGCAUACGAUGCCAGCUAAGUCUAGCGCUGUUAAAAUCGAGACAGCGUCGAAAACUGAUGCCUCCAGUACGUCACUGGAAGCUGCAGUGGAUGCAGUAGCUAGCAGUGCUGAGGCGGCAGGAAUCGCGUCUAUUAAGUCAGAAGAUGUGGCUAUGGCGGACGUGUCUACUGCAACCGACUCGACUGUAGAGGGCAAGAAGGAUGCGUCAGUGUCGAAGGAGAUGAUCGCAGUCACUGAAGAAGCUGCGAAUGCGACGACAGUUGCGUUACUGGCCACACGAGCGCAGAAGGUGGCGGAGGAGACGGAUAACGGACCCGUUCGAGAUCUAGUGAACCAAUUGUUGGAGAACCAGUUGAGGCAGAUGGAGCUCAAGAUGAAGCAGCUAAGUGUCCUGGAGCAGAGUAUUGUAGCGGAGAAAGAGCAGCUGGCGAAGGAGAAGUAUCAACUCUAUGUGGACCGACUAGCGUUCUCCAAGGAGAAGCUAAACGGCCGAUCGUAG